CUUCAAGCGCAGCGGUUGCAAAAACUCUUGAACAACGGGCGCUAAACAAGAAUUUGUAAUUUAAUAAUUCAAUUCCAUUCAAUCAUUCAUUCACCUCUUUAACACUCUACAGGGAAAAUACAAUUUGAGGGGCUGAAAACAACAUUUAGAAAAGAAAAUAAAUAAAUGAAAAAAAAAAAUUGUGUAGAAUUAUUUAAAAAAAAUUAAAUUAAAGAUAACAAAUCGAAAUGUAAACAUUUGUUUAAAAAAACAACAAAAAAAAUUUGUUUGUGUGAAAAAAGAAAUGAAGGAAAAAUUAAAUAAAAAAAAAAAUAAAAAUGUAAAAUAAAGUAAAGUAAUUUGAAAAAUUAAUGAUUUGCUAUUGGCCACAAUGUUUACUGUUUAAAUAUUAGCGGAUAAUUAAAAACGUCUAAAUAAUGAUGUGUGAAAACAGUGGCACACAAAAAUAUCAAUAAAAAUUCUUUAACUAGAAAAUAACAAAAUAUAUAUUAAACAUAAAAGUGUAACACCAAAAUUAAAUAAAUAUAAUGUGUUAAAACAUUAUAAAAUAAAAUAAAGUUGAAAAUUAUCCUAAAUAAAGGAAAAUUUCCAACAUCCAAAAGAAAAAGUUUAUAAAAUUAAAUUUAAAAUUGAGUGUUUAAGAAUUAAUAAACAAAAAUAUAAAUUAUAAAAUAUUUAAGGUGUGGAAUAUUUAAUUUUCUUAAGACCUUUAACAAUUUAUAUAAAAUACAUAGCAGUAGCCCAGUGUUGCUUGUUUCAAUUGAAUUCGCUUAUACUACUGACGCAUAAAACAAACAGCAACAGAAACUAGUGAUAGUGAAGCAGCAUUAAACACAAUUGAAUAAAUUUAUUGCAAUAUAGAGAAGGAAAGGAUCCAUUACAAUUUACUACAAGAGGAAGAAUUGCUAUAGACACAUUAAAUGCAGCAUAAUCAAAGAGUCUUUCAUACAAGCAACUUGAACUAAAAGAUACUAAUGUCUGUUUUAAUGUGAUGACCACUACUAAAAUACAUUGAAAGACACAAACAAACAACCAAAGAAAGAAUUUAUUUAAUAUAGUUAAAGUACAACAAACCAAAAAAAAAACUGAAAAAGAUAAAUGACACAACAAAAAUCAUUUAGAAAAUUCACAUUAACAAUGCUGUAGUUUGUAGAGCAACCCCAAAACACUACAGUUAAACAACAGUACAAGUAUCUGUAAACAAAGAAAUGUUAGAUCUCAACAUUCCAACUGCAAAUCCAAUAACCACUACUCUUGCACCUCAUGAUGAUGAUGAUGGUGAUGUUCUACAACGCCACCUACUCGCAACUGAAAUGUCAAACUCAUUACAAUUUGACUCCAUUUCGAAGUCGUUGGCAAACGAUGCAAGUGCUAUAGCAAUGGCAACAAAUACUACGACGGCCCUUAAUUGGAAUACAGCAAGCCAGACAGCAACGGCCAACAACAUAUCCGCCACAGCUGUCCCCAUGGUGAAUAUAGCAACAAAUUUCAUUUACGAUUGGUGCAAUCAAUCGUCAUCGUCCUCAUCCCCAUCGUCAUAUCCUGCCAUUACAACAGGCAAUGGCAUUGGCAGUACAACUGGCGGCAAUUGCUCCCUCUAUACAACUUCAUUAAAUAGUUGGAAUAACUCAACGAAUGAUACAUCUGUAGAUAUUUCAUUUAUACUGCCAUGGUGGCGCCAAGUAUUGUGGAGCAUUUUGUUUGGUGGCAUGGUUAUUGUGGCGACUGGCGGAAAUCUAAUCGUUGUAUGGAUUGUUAUGACAACAAAACGUAUGCGGACUGUAACAAAUUACUUUAUAGUUAAUUUGUCAAUAGCCGAUGCCAUGGUAUCAAGCCUUAAUGUUACAUUCAAUUACAUCUAUAUGCUGGACAACGAUUGGCCGUUUGGUGAACUCUACUGUAAAAUAUCACAAUUUAUAGCCACACUAAGUAUAAGUGCUUCAGUAUUUACCCUGAUGGCGAUAUCAAUUGAUAGGUAUGUGGCCAUAAUGAAACCUUUGAAGCCACGUAUGAGCAAACGUAACAAUUUGGCAAUUGCUGCUGUCAUAUGGCUGGUGUCGGCCAUUAUAUCCUGUCCAAUGCUGCUCUUCUUCACCACCGAUGUAAUACCCAGCAAAGAUGGUCUGCGAACUGUAUGCUAUACAGAAUGGCCAGAUGGUUCAACAAAUCAUUCACAUCAUGAAUACAUCUACAACAUCUUAUUUAUGAUACUCACAUACUUCCUACCAAUUAUCUCAAUGAGUGUUACCUACUCCCGUGUGGGUCUGGAAUUGUGGGGUUCGAAAGCGAUUGGAGAAUACACACCGCGGCAAGUGGAAAAUGUCAAGAGCAAGAGACGUGUGGUAAAAAUGAUGAUAGUUGUGGUUUUAAUAUUUGCCGUAUGCUGGCUGCCAUUCCACACGUACUUCAUUCUGACUUCAUGCUAUCCGGCCAUAACGGAAACACCCUUUAUACAGGAGCUGUAUUUAUUCAUAUAUUGGUUGGCGAUGAGUAAUUCCAUGUACAAUCCGAUUAUAUACUGCUGGAUGAAUUCACGAUUUCGUUUCGGCUUCAAAAUGUUUUUUCGAUGGUGUCCGUUCGUCCAUAUAGGAGCAGAGAGUCUAAAUCGUCGUGACCAAAUGACUUCACGUUAUUCGUGUUCGGGUUCUCCCGAUCAUAAUCGUAUUAAAAGAAAUGAUACCCAACGUUCAUUUCUUUACACAUGUCCGGGUUCCCCCAAAAAUCGUCGCAUCUCACAUUGUGGUAUUUUACGUAGCUCAACUAUAGCAACACAACGUGAUGGCUUACGACACUCAGCACCCAUAACAACCCUAAGAGCAGGGCCAGGUGGUGGUGGAGCAGUAGGCAAUUAUCAUCAUCAUAACUCCACAUAUCAUCAACGUUGUAGUCUCAAAACACCUGACAGUGCGGCUAUGGCCAGCAUGAAAAACACACACGAAUUGUCGGCUUUAAGUGGCAAUGGACAGGGACCUACUUUGGCUUUGGCCAACAAUUCAAAAGAUUUCCUUAUCAAAACAAAUCAACGAUCAAGUGUGAGAUGGACAACGCCAGCGGUCUCAGCGCAAACACCACCAUCAUCAGUUACCGCAACAACAUCACUGGAGACAAGUUCAGCUGCCUACAAUGGAGGAACAGAUACAAAUUAUUUAGCAAAUCGUGCAGCAAUAAUGUCUUGACAACAGCAACAGCAGCAGGAUGAGAAACCCUAUAUACUGCAGCAACCACAAUCAGCCGAAACCAUAAAUUAUUUACAGCAACAUCAUCGUACUAACGGAAACGGAAGUUUACUCCAUAAUACUUUGACAAAUGGCAACAGUAACAACAUUAGCUGCACUAACAAUUGCAUCAGCAGCUCGAGCACGACCAGCAGCACCAGCGGCAAACACAUGAACAACAAUUUAAACUUAAUUUUAAAUGCAAAUGCUAAUUCAAAUUCAAAUGCCAAAUCUGUUUUAUUCAAUACCAGCACAAGCGAUUAUGUCACGGAAACUUGUAAAGAUUCAUCUUCAUUUAACAAAGGGCCGAGCAGUACAAUUGUUGGCAGUGUUGGUGUUGGUGUAGGCGUUGCUGUCAGUGGCAGCAACAGUAAAUCUUCAAUAAGCCAUAAUAAUGAUAAAACUUGGCUUUAAGAAUCUUGUGUAAAUAAUUAUUAUGUUUUCCCCCACUUUUUUCCAUCAAUUCUUAUCAAUACAACCACUUAAUCACUCUUGGCUUUUGCAGGCAUUAAAUGUGUGCAAUUUUUCUUUUUUGUAAGAUUAAUAUGUGGGGAAUUUCAUAUUGAGAAAAUGCUUGCGAUAAAAGCAUUCCAAUGCAUCAUACAGAUUUUUCAAAAAUAAACAAAAAAAUUCUUUAACUAGAAUUCCUGUCAGUGUGUCGGAUUAUAACAAAACCGCUUAAAGUUAAGAACAGAUAUUUGAAUUUAAUAUAAAAAAUAGUCAAAUGUCAUUGUCGUAAUAUGAAACUCGCCUCAUAAUCAAGAGGUAAGACAUACAGUGGUUGACAAUGCAAUGAAAACUUUUACUAAUAAGCCAAAAUCCAAAAAUUCGUUAUAGACUCUGAGACCAUCCAACCGAUAAGCUCUAAACCCGUUUCAUUGGAAAGGUAAUUUUCUGAAGAUGGUUUAAGACACCGAAAAUACUACAUUAGGUCCAUUCCACUAUGGUCCCAAAUCGAUGUUUUUUUUUGGCAAAAAUUAAAAAAAACAAGUUAGAGUGCUAUAUUCGGCUGUGCCGAAUC